UUUCAGAAAUGUUCCGUGCGUAAGGCCAGGCCGUACGUAAGCUCAAUGCAUUAGCUAAAGACACGUAGCAGUCGAGAUUUGCUAACAGAUUGUCAAAUCCUUGUCUACAUUGUAGGAGGUUCCUUAGAUCAUGUCAGCAAAUGAAGGGUCUGGGAAUCCCAAUGGAACGUCAGCUUAUUUCAACAAUGGCUCUGCUGAUGGAAACAGUCCUGGCUUCUUUGACCACAAUCAACCCAACAUGAAUCAGUGGGACUUUCCACCUCAGGACCAGACCUCUGCUCCAGGGGGAAUCCCCCAAGACCUACAGCACCAACAACAGUAUCAACCUCAGCAGGCUCCCCAGUUUUACAACCCUGCAGAGUUCCCGAAGGCUGCAGCCGGUCAGGAGCCCGAAAUCUUCAACCCUUACAGUGGAGGAAAUGCAUAUCAGCACCAGCAACCUUUCUCUCAAGACGGGUUUCAGCAGCAGCAGCAGCAGAACGACUACGGCCAGCAGCAGGUCAACCCGAAUGACUUCGGGGAAAGCACACCCCAGCAGCAGCAACAGCAGCAGACACUGAAUCCUGAGGGUGAUCAUGGACAGAUGCCCUAUCAACAAGGAUGGCAAGCACCUUCUGAUCCUGACUAUGGACUUUCUACUUCAGUAAGCCAAGCUGAAGGACAGGAUGGACACUGGCAAAACCAAGGCAACCAUACUGGACAACAAGCGAAUGAUAGCUAUCCGUCAGAUCAAUUCGCACAUCCUGGAUAUGGUUAUGGAACAGAUAUGCAUCCUUCGACGAACAACCAUCAAGAAGGUGGCCAUUCUGAAAAUCCCACACAGAAUUUUGAGCAGGAAGAUACCUCAGGAAACUCAGGAUUUGGUGCAUUUUUCAAUGAUGAUGGAUCAGACUUUGUGAUUUCAAGCGAUAAAGGAAGUGCACAGAUCAGCGCGAAUGUGAGUGAAAGGACUAGCCCUGAUACAAGUGCACCUGAUCCCAAUAGUCAAUCACAGACAAAUGAACGAGGGCAUUUACAAGAAAGUGCAAAAUCAGAAAUUUAUCAAACAAACUCAAACAGUGAGCCAUUCCAACCUUCUCCACUAGGUAGCAGUCACAUACCUACAUCCGGCUAUGAUCAGACUUCCGAAAGAAACAUGGCCAGUCCAGGAGAAAUACAGGACAGGACCACAGAGUCAUCCAUAUUGAAUCAAGACAGUCAAAGUGUUGCCCCUCUAAGCAGCACCUUUGGUUCUCCCCAUGAUUGUGGUAGUGCUGUGACUGAUAACAGCAAUUUUGAGGGACUCCAGUCAGAGCCAUAUAACCAAAGUCCAAAUGAAAGCAAUUCUGUGCCAAACUCUGACAUUGAGCCUGUCCAACGUGAAGAAUCUCCAGCUCACUCAUUGGUGUUGAACCCUUCUGAGAGUGCAGAAGUGGUCCAUCAGUUGGAUGCCUGUCACUCGGUGCCUGUGUCUUCGCUGUCAGCGCAGUCCAGUCAACAGGAUGCAGAGUCGUUUGUGAAACCACUACCACCUCCAGUAUCUCAAGAAGAAUCACCACUAUCCUCUCUGAGGAGUGAUGGUGGUGAUCUUCCAAGCAGAGUUGAUGGACCUGAGAAUACCGCUGUAUCUGCAACAAAUUCUGGGCCACCUUCUACCCAGGAUCCAAAUGCCAGUCAAACUGAUGAUCCCAUUGUCCCCACACAGCCCUUACCACAGCAACACCAACAGACACACCAGCAACCUUAUCAACAACCACACCAACAACCACCUGUAAAUCCUAACCAGUCAGACCUGACUUCACCCUCAAAUCCAUCUUCUCUCUCAAACCACUCAUCCCUUGAAACAAGUAAAUCAUCAGAGCCAGAGGAUUCUGGAAAGAAACGCUCAGACUCGCUCUCAUCAGGCUCUCAUCCAAGUGCUUUUCGACAAGUGCGCGGUCAUCAUGGUCAUAGAGAUAUCUCUGUGAACCCUUCCCCACCCUUAUGGCAAACAGAAGUCCCUGCUCUUCCAGGGAACAUUCUUUUGGCUCCUGCUCUGAAUAUAUCAACCAAUAUGAAUCCAUUAGGACCUAGUACCUUAUCAUCACCAUCGCUGUCAACUCCAAGACAGCUUGCUCACUCUGUUGCCUCUGUGAGUGUGCCACCAGUACCAUCAGUUGCUGCUUCACUACUUGCAGGAACUAACAACCCUGCUCCACAACCUCCAGUUAGCAACGGUAGCCAACCAAAGGCAACAACAUCAGCACCAACUCAUGUGCAACAGGUAACCCAGAGUGUUUCCCAACUGGAUAUGAGCAAGACUGUGCCUAACCCGUCAACAUCAGUCGUGCCCCCAAUGAGCAAUGUUCAAGGUGUCCAUAUAGGCCAACAACAGCCACAAAUGCUAAACCCAAACCUUAACCCAAACCCAAGCCAAAAUCCUGUUGCCUACGUCCAACCUGUCGCCUUGACACAACCUAAUCCCGUUCAGCCAACUGCUCAGCAACAAAAUGUUGUUCAGCCACAAAUGAGUCAAGCACAGCCAGCAAUGUCAGUGCAAGGAAUACAACCAACCAAUCCUGCAGUUCCACCUCAGGGAUUUGGUGUUGCCAGUACUCCCCUGCAGCAACCACAACAGCUUAGUGGUAACAUGCCAAACCAGCCACAGCAAACAAAUAUGAACAACCCACCACCUUUGCAACAACAAAAUGUUGUUCCUGGGCAACAGGGUGUAACUGCAGUGCAACCUCAACAGCCAUUACAACAAGACUAUCAACACCAGCAGCAGCAAAUGCCACUACAACAGCAACAACAACCACAAGGACCCCAAAGUCAGCAGCCUGGUUACAACCAAUACCCGCCUGGGCAGGGAGGCCAGUGGUACCCCACCGCAGCAGGCAGACAGCCCUACCCUCAGGGUAGCUACUACCAGGGCGGUGGGUACGGGCCAGGGUACAGGGGCUACGGGUAUGGCAGCCCCUACGCUCGCCAAAGCGGCUACGCCAGGCAGGACCAAUACUACCAGGGGUACGCCCAGCACAUGCAGCGAACGCCACAGAGGUCGGCUGAAGGUCAGGUACGGGAGAGACCACAGUCGAGGCAGGGGAGUGAGAGGCCCACGUCGCGGCAGGGAUGGCAAGAUGAACAGGAUUAUGACCAGAGGUAUCAAAGGAGUAGGAGAGAUCCUAGGUAUUACGCAGGUGUGGAUGAGUAUGGUCGUCCUUAUGACAGACGCUAUUAUGAAUACUACAGAAGGAAACAGAGCAGCCAAUACAAGGAUGAGGAUUAUCAGAAGUAUUAUGAACAACAGUGGAACAGGUCAGGUUCUCAGCCAUACUCACAAGAUGCAUCAUCCAAUGUAUCAGACGCAUCUCUAACGGAGAAGAAAGACGACAGCCAAAAUGAGAGUUUCAAAGAAGACUUCCACCACCAAGGUGGAGGCACGCCUGAACACUACGGCACCGAUCAGAGCGCCAUCUACCCCUCCUCCUCCUCUGGGUACGACACCACCGACCCACGCUGGAGGAGAGAUCAGGGCUACUAUGACGGUAUGAAUGCAUCAGACAGGGCAACCUAUGACGGCAGUCAGUACUACAAUCAAGAUCAAUCGUGGCAGCAUGAGGAGCCGCAACAAAGUUCUUUCACACCCCCUCCACCGGAGAGGCGUACUCCGGUCAAGCACCCCCUACCCCACGUAAUAGCCAGGUUCAGCCCUGGUGGUCAGCUCAUCAAGGUCUUGCCCAACGUGCCAGCUGAUGGCAUGCCAGCUUUGGUGGAGGUUCACAAUUUAGAGACAAUGAUUGAGCAUUGCGAUGAAGUUGCAGAAUACAAAGGCUAUCCUGGUCCGUUGAUCAAGGGAGAGACACACAAGAAUGAUGUCCUGCAUUUUGCUUCCGCCCAAGCCACGGAGUGCAGAAAGAGCACAGACCUUUCAGAUAAAGAAUCGGCAGCCCUACUCUGGGACCUGCUUGUGUUGCUUUGUCGUCAAAAUGGGACCGUUGUCGAGACGGACAUUUCAGAUCUUCUUCUCAAGGACCACCCGAUGACAAGCAGGGAACCAUCGUCUUCAGAAGAAGGGACGGCGGACGGAGAAGCAACGCAGGACGGAGCUGAUAUAUCUGACGUGCUCUCUCUGCUGCCCAAGUCUAAUGAUGCCCAGGACGCGGUAAAGCAGACUCAUAGGUUUAGAGAGCUACUCCUGUUUGGUAGGAAGAAGGAAGCACUGGAGUGGGCCAUGAAGAGAGGUCUUUGGGGUCACGCACUUCUCCUAGCCAGUAAGAUGGACAACAGGACACAUGCCAGUGUCAUGACAAGGUUUGCCAACAGUCUUCCAAUGAACGAUCCUCUGCAGACCUUGUACCAGCUGAUGUCAGAUCGACAACCUGCUGCCGUCACCAGCUGUAACGAUGAAAAGUGGGGUGACUGGCGCCCUCACUUGGCCAUGGUGAUGUCCAACCUGAGCAGCAGCGCUGAAGUGGGCUUCAAGAGCGUUGUGACUUUGGGAGAUUCCUUAUCAUCGAGAGGUCUGCUUCAUGCGUCUCAGUUCUGCUACCUGAUGGCUCAGAUAGGCUUUGGUAUCUACAGCAAGAAGACCACCAAGAUUGUGCUUCUCGGAUCAAGUCACAACCUGCCUUUCAACAAGUUCUCGACCAACUCGGCCAUCCAACUGACAGAGAUCUAUGAAUACGCUCAGAUGCUGGCAAACAAGCAUUAUCUCAUUCCAAACUUCCAGGCUUACAAAUUCAUCUAUGCCUGCAGGCUCGCUGACUUCGGCUUUACAUCACAGGCAUUGAGGUACUGUGAGACAAUUGCAAACACAAUCCAGUGCUCUCCUAACUACUACAACAGUACACUUGUGAGCCAAGUGUGCCAGUUGUCAAACAGGUUAAAACACCAUGAUCCCGAGUUCCAUGACAUGAGGGAAAUCACUGAGCCUCAAUGGAUUGUUCCACUAGAGAAUAUAUUCCUGCAGAUAAAUGAGGGACAAUUAAAACCACCCUCGUCAUCCGGCACCCCCAUGCCGUGGGUGGAAUCAUCCUCUAACCUGAGCACACUGGGUGCGGAGAGCACAGACGGGACAGUCCAAGCCAUGGGUGAAGGGGUGUCAACGUACCAGUAUGAUGGAUACCAGCAAGACCAGGCUGGAGGAGGUCAAGGAUACGAAGGUCAAGGAUAUGAAGGUCAAGAUGACCAACAACAAGCAGUCAACCAAUACCAGGACCAGCAAACCGACCAGCAACAAGUGCCCUUCUAUGACUACAACCAACAACAGCAGCUACAACAACAACAACAACAAUACCAACAACAACAACAACAACAACAAGAUGGUACACAACCUACUGGCCAACAGCAGCAGCAGCAGCAGCAAAAUCCAUAUUACCAACAUGAGAAUUACCAGCCUUACAACAACCAGCCCAUCAGUAGCAACUUUGCACCUAAUCAGGAUCCUGGGGCAUCGAUGGGAAGUAACAUCUCAGAGUACAGCACAACAACGAACGCUUCAGAGACAGAGGGAGACUCGACUGAGUUUGAACAAAGUGGUGCAUCACAGUUUGAUUUCAACAGCUACAAUAAGAUGCAGCAGCAGCAGAAUAAUAGGAGCAGGACCAACACCCUUAGCUCCAUGGCUGGUCCCCCAUCCCCUCAGAAGACCCUGACCCCACCGGACUCGCCCAACUCCUUCAACGACCCCAGACACAGGGCCAGGACCAGGACCACGUCAGGAGGGUCUAACGUAUCGGCUGCUAGUCAGAAGGGGAAGCAGCAGCAGCAGCAGCCUGAACCUAAGGCACAGAAUAAUAAACCCAAACCAAAGUCUUCACAGGGCGGCUGGCUACGUUGGUUCAACAAAAAGCUGGGCGGCUCCAACAUCCAUCUUCCAGAUGACACAAAGAAAACGAUCGAAUGGGACCCGGUCAAGAAGACGUGGGUCAACAAGGGAGAAGAAGAUGCGGACGAGGCAGACAGCGGACCCCCACCUCCACCUCCCUCUGAUCUAGAAAUCUCUGGCUCUGCCCCUCCCUCUGCUAAUCCUUCAUCUACCAUGCAGCCUCCUGGGUCUACCCCUGGGCUUGGGGGAGGGAUGGGCUCCACAGCAGCACCCCCUCCUGCUGGAGCCAACAAAUUCUCACGCAAGUUUGGUGCUGGUAACUAUGUGGACAUUCUAAACCAGGGCAAAGGUACUUCAUCACUUGCCAAGACAGGAGGAGACACAAGCAGUCUAUUCCAGACCCUACCAGCACCCAUCAAUGCCGCACCUGUCAAUUUCUUCAUCCCAGACUCAUCUGCAUCAGAAGACACCCAGACCUCCAACCAGGAAGGCGAUCCUCAAGUUGGCAACCCAGGGUCACGACCCCACAGUCCACAUCGUGGGCUAGGAGUAGGAGCAGUGCAACAGAGUAGUGAAAACCUUUCUCGCACUAGUUCGAUGAGCGAUCUCUCCAAUGAGGUCAGUCAGCAUAUGGCCCAUCAGCCCUCAACCCAGCCACCUCCAUCUUGGCCACAAGAGGGCGGUAAUGCCCCGCAACAACAUCAGCAACAUCAGCCACAGCAGCAACAACAUCAGCCACAGCAGCAGCCACAACAUCAGCAGCAGCAACAACAUCAGCAACAACAACAUCAACAGCAACAGCAGCAACCACCACAGCAGCAGCAACAUCAGCAGCCACAACAACAUCAGCAACAACCCGCUGAACCCCCAGGAGUUCCCAUGUUCUACAACCCUCAGCAGUUUGCCACUCCUGGAGCAGCAGCCGCGGCGCCCACUGGGUUUGGUGUCGGGGCCGGAACCGAGGGUCCGGGGGCGAAGAGGGGGUAUGGACAGCCCAGACAGUACCCCAAGCCGAGGUGAUGAAAGGUGAUGAUGACGACAAUAAUGAUUGUUAUGGUGAUGGUGAUGAUGAUGAUGAUGAUGAUUGUUAUGGUGAUGAUGAUGAAGAAGGUGUUGACAAUUUUGCCAGUGCUAACACUUUGCAUUAAACCAGUAUCGUGUACUUGCGGAUAGAACCAGGACAGAACCAGGACAGAACCAGGACAGCUCACCUUUUAAUUAUUACACUAUAGAACCAGAAUACUGUAAAGCCCCACCGCACUAGCUUGGCCGGGAGGGAUUAGACCUCCCUGCAUGGUCACUGACAGGUGGUUAUCUCAUCAAAUCAGCUCUCAAUUAAUAGAAGAAAAAGGGGACCAUGGGGUACCAAUGGUCACCGAUUAGGCAUUGUUUGCUAUAUAGAGGGCGCAAGUAGCUAUAAGUAGUGCAGUGGGGCUUUAAUAGAUGUAUAUCUGUGAGUGUUGUACAGUCAAGCUGAGGUAAUCAUCACGAACCCAGUGAUGAAAAAGAUGAAAAUGCCUGCUUCGCGAAUUUACAUUUUACGUAUGGCAUUUCUUUAGGAUAGGCGGCAUAGCCCUUUGACGAUUACACGUAGAAGAAGAAGAAUUAGUGACAGUCUGAUAGCACAAAUGCAUCAUCAGAAAAAAUGUACAUUUGCGUUUGUUGAAUCAAACACAUUUUCCUUCUGAUUUUGGUCAUUCAAUUGAUGUACAGGUAUAUGUAAAAAUAAACAGUCAUCUCCGUACUGUACAUAUGUGCACAACCCAUCAUAUACAUAUAUGACUUCAGUGCCUCUCUGUACACUUUGAAAGAUACAUGUAUUAGCAAUGAAAUGCCAAUAAUCUGUGUUGUUCAUAUUGUAUAUUGAAAGAUACAUGUAGAGAAAGAGUAAUGUAAUAAACUACAUUAUACUUUACUGUAUAGGCAUUGCAACCAAAAAGAAAAUACAAAACAUUUCAAACCAUUAGACAGAAUUGAAGCUAUUUUUAGGACAACAGAAUGUCAAAAAAGUGUUAUAAUUGCACUGGUCCUCAUGAUGGUUCUUAAACUGUGCAACAGCAAAUGGGGAGGUGAGGUAAAAAGCAUACUAACCAAUUCUUUAUGUUUAAGACUGAUAGGUAGAUUGAUAGUUUAUUGGUAAACACUCCCUAAGCGCAUAGUGUAGUAAUUAAUUGUAAAUUAGUACUAAUUAUUUAAAGAGCUGUAACUUAUGAGUGAAGGUUGGAAUAUACUAUAAGCAUAAAGUUAACGUCAUGGACACACACUGCUGUACAGAUAUAUUUUUAUGUCCACACAUAUGAUUGAAAUAGUUUAUUCAGCUUAGUCGCUUCUACUUGUGUAUUUGAAGCUGUGUAAAAGAGAUAGAGAGAGAUGAUAGUGAUGAAUUCAUACGAGCAUAAUUUUAAGAGAUAUUGUAUAUUUAAUUUGUUAUAUUUUGUGCUGCUCAGUUAUACAUACAUGUAGUUCUCACAAAUAGUCACAUACAAUAGCAUUUGUGAAUAAGUGUGUCACACUUCAAAUAUUCUUUGAAGCUGUACUUCAAGACAAUUGAUUUAACAGCAGCUUAUUUUUGCAAUGGAAAUGGGAUGUAUGAAGCCAUUCAGUGAUAGACGCUGACUGUGUCCACAUAUCUAUUCAACACUGUAUGAUUUGAAGGAAUAGAUACAUGUAUGUCCGACAUCUCAAAAGGAAAAAGGAAAUUACUUGUGCAUUGUAUGGCAUUGUUCAUUGUUUUUCAACAUGUUCAUUACAAAGCGUCACCAUUGUUAUUUUGAAUGAUUGCAGACUUUAUCUAUCAGAAAAUAGUGGAAUAGAUCUUAGAUACUGAUUGUAGCAUGAAAGAAAUAAAGAAAGAAAAAUUAUGUGCAAUUUAUUGAUGUAGAUACUUAUUUUAUCUGGCAUUCAAAUUAUCUGCCAUGCUGGUGUAAUGAAUUAACAAUAGUUUAAGAGUAUUUGUGUUUUUUGUUCAUAUAAUAGUUUGUUAUUAUUUUGGGAUGUCACAGUAUUCUGUGUUAUUAAUCGUCAAAGAUUCUAUAAUUUGUUUUAGAGGCGGUCCCCUAUUGUUCAGGAUUUAAUUUUAAGAGACUUGUAUUUGAAUAAGUUUUGUUUGUAGAUGGUUCACAUUCCAAGAAAAGUUUGCCUGCAGAGAGCUGGAAGGGUGCUAGAUCUUAUAGUUUCCCAAGAGUUAACUCCCUUCUACCUCUAAAUAGACAUGUUAUGAUAAAUAUUAGGAUCGUUUAGCAUUUAUUAAUCUCCUUUCAUGUACAAGCUCAAACCUGUUUGUAAAUCGAUAAUUGUCCAUUACAAUAAUACCUCUGAUGUGAAGCUUGAUUUUCAACCUCAUACACAAAGAUUUAUAUCAAAUUGAAGUUCCAGGCAAUCAAAUAUAACAGACUUUAGCCAAUCAGAACCAACCCUUUAUCAACUGAUGGCACAAAUCUUGAUCCUGAUUGGUCAAUGUACAUGCAAGGAAUGCUGUAAAUGCAUUCAAAAUCAUAUUUCAUGUAGCAGGGUACUCUUCUGCUAGGUGAUUUUCGCUAGUCGAAUUUUACAAAGACGGAAGUAAAAGGUAGAAAUUAGCUGACAUGUUUACUUGUUAUUCUAUAAUGGAUCUAGAUGCUUUUCAGUUUUGAAUAGUUGAUAGCAUUUUCAAAUUUUGAGUUAUGGUCAUGAUUUUGUAAAUGUAAAUUCAACUUGGUGUCUUUAUUUGGAUCAUAAUGUUUUCCUGCUUGAAUCCUAUUUCCAAUACUAGUGGUGCUUAUAAGGAGAAGAUAUCUUAACAUAAUUCAGAUGUAGGUGUGUGUGGAAUGCAUAAUAUACCUAAGAUAGAAGUGAUCAAGCAAUGUUCGCUUUAAAAGUUUAGUAGAGAAGACAAAGUGUAUUCUUUGAAUGUUUUUUUGUGUGUUCCUAAAUAUAAAUUGUAAAAGGGGAAAUAUUGUAUCAUUGACUUGAAGGUACAAUAUAUAACAUUUUGGACAUUGCCAGGUGGCUAAGCUGGCUAUGACAACUUAUUAAUCUUUGAAAAGUCAUCAAAAGAUUAUAUUAAAAAAAGGACACAAGACAUGUCAUAGUAUUGGUGUGUUAGUUGUAACACCACAUGUAAAUAAAUGUACACAAAAGCAGAACUUACUAGCUCUAUAUUGGUAAAGCAAUAUUCUUAUCCAUGUAUUUAUCCACAAAAUUUCCUUUACUGUAGUAUGUCCUAUUCAUUCAUGUCUUGUUGUCAACUAACUACAUAAACUGCAUUUCUUCUUUGUUGAUGUUUAUUUUCCUAUUAGUUUAAUCAUAUUUUGAAUAGCAUGUCAGAUGGUGACCUUUGACAUUGGGUAGUGAUUGAACCACUCAUGUAUAAAUGGAAUGAAAUGAUAUAGAAUGAUUCAAUCAUUGUGAUUAUAUUUCAUUAUUAAAUGUCAGGCACAUUAUUGUGAUUGCCCCACAGGCUCAUGAAAUGGGGCAGAUAUAAAAAGAAGAAUAUGAAAUGUA